ACGAAUGCGACAACGUAAAUCGCGUAUUGCAAAACAACAAAUAUUGCGUCACGAAAAACGGAAGGCAGAGAUACAGAAAUGACAACCGAAAUAAUGCCUCGCAGGUCCAGGUCAAAAUUUGGCCGUCUUACUCCCGGCGGACAAAGCACAAGAAGACGCCGUUUGAAAAUGACUGAGGAAGAACGAGCCGCCGAACGAGAGAAGACCAGACUAAGAAACAGGAAGAUGCGUAAAGCGGAAACACCAGGAAAACGAGCAGCCAGGCUUGAAUAUAACCGAAUGCGACAUCGUCAGUUGCGUUUUGCAAAACAACAGAAAUUGCUUCGCGAAAAACAGGAUGAACUCAAAAGAGUGAUGGAAACUGAAAGCGGAAGCACGGGACCAGGAAGCAAGGAAACAAAAGCGCAUAAAGGAAAAUGCAUGAAAGUGUAUAAGAACAGUAAAAUGGAAACUGAAAGCACGGGACCAGAAAGCAAGGAAACAGAAGCGUCGAAAAGGAAAAUGCAUGAAAGUGUAUAAGAAUAAUGAAAUGGAUCCCAACCAACAGGUAUCGAAAAUGUAUGGAAAAACAUAUUCAAAAACAACAAGUCAAAUUGAACCAAUCGAAUAUCCUCAAAUUGAACGAGAAUUUGAUUAUUGUCCUCAAGUGAAACAAGAAUUAGAUGAUUAUGAUAUUUCAGAAAUAUGUCCAGAAAACCAAGAAAUAUAUGUACAGCAAUUUUUAAAACCUGAGAUAAUGAUACAGGAACAAAUAAAACAGGAACCGAUUGAUGAGCAAGAUGGUGAAGAGAUC